CCACCCUGUGACGUGAGCGUGUUGUCCUAAUUUUGUUGUUGUUGUCUGUAGCCGGGGCCAGACGUUCACAUACCUCAAACAUGUAGCGCACGAUAUGUAGGACUGGGGUUCUCUACCAUCUAGCUAGUUUGGGUCUUCGGUGUUUCGAUAAAACCCCUUGACUUUAGGUUAUUCCCCGUGGUUUGGUCCUCUAUAGAUAGCCUUAGCUACAGUGUGCUGACUGCGAUGCGUUCGCUGUUCCUCCAUCGCCGUCAGCAGAUCCCAAGCUAAGCGAGCUAGCUCCUAUUCUUAACCAUGCUGUACGCCGCGACCGGCUCUCUGUGAACGACCACAACAUAGCUGGCCUCUCCUCUUGAUCCAGAGGAAACACCCGUUUUGGUCGGUGCUUCUCCGCAUGUUCGAUGGGCGCUGAGAUGUGGCAGAGUGUGGGGCUCACAGUGCUGGUCAUUGUGGCCACACUGGUCUGCGUGCUGCUCUUCAUGCUCUUUGGCUGGUACGUGGUGUGGCAGCUCUUCCUCUCCAAGUUCAAGUUCCUCCGCGAGCUGCUGGGUGAAGCCGGCACCCCCCAGGCCGAGACCCAGCCGGCUGGACCCCCCGCCGAGCGUUCGGCCGCCGCCCCCACUCGCUCUCGGCCCAGGAGCGCCCGCCAAAGAGUCACACCGACAGAACCCGCCUCCUAGACCCCGGGACAGCCAACCGGCGUCCUUCCUCCCCGCCAAGCCGGCCUCUAAUUGGACAGCUCCUCUCUCCCCCGCACCCCCCCCCCCCCCCCCCCCCCCCCCUCCGCACCCAUGGCUGACCACUGUAGGUCGGUCGUUACACAGGGGGCCGGCGUGCCCAUCCACUCGAUAAUCUGAUAUACAUAUAGUCUGCACUACCUGAUUGGUCAACACGAAGCCCCGCCCUCGGUUUGAGAGGAUAAGCCGUUCAAUAUGCUUCACGUCCCCUUUCUCCUGUCUGUGUGUGUGUGUGUGUGUGUGUGUGUGUGUGUGUGUGUGUAUGCGUGUAUGCGUGUGUGUAGUGUACAUGUGUGUUGUUGUAGGCAUGCACAGUCCAGUGGGCUUAGUGAGGGGGCUCCACUACUGCUACUACUUAACGCAGACCGUCUUGUCUCGGCAGCGAGACUGCUGCUGGCCGUCAUCACAGAGCGAACGUGUUCGUACUGCACAAGACAUAACUGACCUUUUAGAUGACCGUCUGAUCAUGACACGUUGUGGGUGUGCGUGUAAACUUUACUCUUAAACAUGUAGUACUUUUUCAGUUGCGACGCCUGCUUACACGGAUAGGCCCUGAUAACGGUUGACUGUUUAACUGUAACUCUGUUGUGGCUGCUUCACUAAAGGGACAACUCGAUAAACUGAAAGCCCUGGACUCUGUCACUGAUGUCUGAUCUAACCCAUGUUUGUUUUUUUGUUUUUAUAUGAACCAGGACACUUUGUGAAAAAUGGCUGUGGUGGAAGGGAACGUUUUUACAAAUGUUUUUAUGCGUUUGUCUGGUCGGACAGAGUGGUGGAUGAUGUCCAGAUUGCCAGGAGAGGGGUGGGAAGGAACAAAAUAAAGUUUUCAUUCCACUUGA